AUGGGCAAGCGGUACAUCUGCUGGUCGUAUGAGGUUCUUCAUGAGCUCGGCUCGGGUCAGUUUGCCAAGGUCUACCGAGCGCGACACAUGGAGACGGGCGAGCUGGUGGCCAUGAAGAAGCUGUCGAUAAAGUCGAUGAGUUCGACGGCGGCACGGAAUUUGGAAUCGGAAAUUGCUGUCCUCAAGCUCAUCACCGCCAAUCCUCAUCCAUGUCUGAUUGCUCUCAUUGAUCUCCGUAGGCGCGCCGGCAAGGUCUACAUGUUCCUCGAGCUGGCAGACGGAGGCGAGCUGGCCGAUGAGAUGGCAAAGUACAAGGGCGUGGGCUUUGCAGAGCCACGAGUCCGCUGGUUUGCUCAGCAAAUUGUCGACGGUCUUCGCUACCUGCACUCGCUGGACAUUGUUCAUCGCGAUCUCAAGCCACAGAACAUCCUGCUCACGAGCGCCUCGCCGCCGGCGCGCCCUGGCGCUCGCCGCGGCGAGAUCGGCUACUACGGCAUCAAGAUCGCAGACUUUGGCUUCUCUCGGACGCUCAACGACGACUCGCUGACAAACUCGUUUCUCGGCACUCCUCUGUACAUGUCGCCCGAGCUUGCCGAUCAUCAGGCCUACUCACACAAGGCCGACAUCUGGUCGCUCGGCGCCAUCGUCUUCCAGAUGGCUGUCGGCGAGGUCCCGGUCUCGGCCCGCACCCAAGUCGCUCUCUUCUCCAAGGUCGUCAACGAGCCGCUCCGCCUGAACGAGCGCCUCACCGGCCGGGUCUCCGACGGCCUGCUGGAGCUCCUCCGCGACUACCUGCUUGUCAAGGAUCCAGAGGCACGGGCCUCCAUGGCCCGUGUCGUCACCUCGCCGUGGCUGGACAUGGCUGCGUACGACGCCAUCUCGGCCGUCCCGGCCCCGCAGCCGCAGGCCGACGAUGGCCUUGCCCGACCGCCGGACUCUGGCCUGUUGGACAGCGAUGGCGAAGCCGCCGCCUCCGCCAUCGACAUUGGCGUCCUGCCCGGCCCGUCGGACGUUGCUGUUGGCGGUGACGAUGUGCUCGAUCAACUGGAGCGCCGCAUGCAGGCCGAGUCGCACCUCGGCUCGCCGCAUCCGCCUGGCACCGCUCCCCGCCAGCAAAUCCGUGUCAACGCCGACGAGGUCCGCGGCACCGCGCAAAAGACCUUGCUCUCCACAGACCCGUUCCGCCCUCUUUCCGGCGCCGCGCCUCCGCUCACAUCGUCCAGCAACGCGCCGCCUGCCCCGUCCAACGACGACGAGUGGGAACUCUCUGACGAGUGGGAACUGGUAGCGGUGAGCGGGACGUCGGACGACGCCGACGAGGCGCUGCUGGCGGCAUCGGGCCCGGCUGCCGUGCGCGACGUCUAUCCGGAUCGUCCGCUGGUCGAGUACUUUGCGCCUUCUGCUCCCGAUGCUCAGCCGUCGCCUACCGCCGCUGCCGCUCUCCGCACCGCCGCCGCGAUCGGCUCGAUGGCGUCAGGCAAGCUCUGGUGUCCGCCGUGGGCCGGCGACUCGGCCGCAGUCGUGGCCACACCGGCCGCCGGCGUCGAGAUGUUUGCCCGCUACGGCGCGGUCGUCGAAGAGCUCGCACUUGCCCACCGCAUGCAGUCGAUGCUCUCCUCCUCGCUCGGCCUCUACCUCCUCGCGCUCUCGUUCUACGCAAGUGGUGUCCGCGCCCUCAAGGCUGUUGACCCGGCCGGCGCUGACCCUGCGCCCGACCGGCGCCAGUGGAUCUCGGCCUCACUCCGCGCCCGCUACCGCGACGCGCUCACCGCUGCCAAGGCCCUGCAGGCCAAGCUCGGCCUCGGCGUCGCCCAUCCCGUUGCCGCGGUGCUGUACGCCGAGGCAACCGCCGCUGGCAAGCGCGGCGCCGCCGACGAGAUCCUCGGUCAUGCCAGCUGCAAGUCGGCCUACGCCCGCAUGAUCCUUCUCCUCGAUGUCCUGCUCUGCGACUCGGAGCUCUCCGGCGACGGCCGCGCCACUGUCCACGCUCUUCGCCGCUCCGGUUUUGUUCGCCUCAGCGCUGCGCUCGAGCUUGCUGCCACCACUGCCGCCGACGCCAUGGCUUGGGAUUCCAACCAUGGCUACGGCCAAGGAAAUGAUGGAUACAAUGCCAACGACAACGGCGAGUACUACGGUGACGAUGCGUACUACGGCGACAACAAUGGCGAGUACUACGGUGACGAUGCGUACUACGGCGACGACCAAGGGUACGGCGACGAUGCCGGCUACGGCAACGACGGCGACUACGCUGGCGAUCCGUAUGCCAACGACCGGUUUGCCACCAAGCCGACACCGCCUGCGCGACCGGCCAAGCCGGCGCUGCCUGCGCGGCCGGCGGCGCGGCCGGCGCCUCCGCCGCGGCCGUCGGGCGCGGCGAUUGCCAUGGCCCCGCUCGGGACCAACACCCACACCUUUUCGUACGCCGACGACGACGACGACGUGCUGGGCACGCUCGGCAUGGAAAAGGCACUCAAGCAGAGCUGCUGCACCAGGCGCCGCGCCAUUCUGGCGACGACGAUCACUCUCUGUUGCCUUGCGAUGGCUGCAGGCGCGACGGUGGCCUGGCUCUUCCUGGACGGUCCGCUUGCUGCGGCCAACAGUGAUGGCGGAGCCUCCGGCAACCUUGUCCCGUCACCGCCGCCGCCGCUCGGCGGCUUUGCGCUCCCGCCGCCGGCUCCGCCCGGCGAGGUCCACGUCGCCGAAGACCCCGGAUGCAAUUGCACCGUAGCGCGGUCGUACGACGGCAACCCGUGGGAGCCGACGCCGCGCAACGACCGGCCGACCACCGAGGUUGUGUGCGAUGACUCGGCCGUCUGCCGGAUCUUCUCCUCGGGCGAGGUGACGACCCGCCCGCUGGCGGUCCCGCCGCAGCUCGUCGACAUGUCGACCCAGCGCCGCGUCGCCCGCCUGCUCUCGCAGGGCACCUUUGGUGCGUCGAUGAGCGAGAUCCAGUCGGUCGCCGCCACCUUUGGCGACGACGCCGCCGCCUGGGUCCUUGAUCAGCAAGCCAAGCCGCGGACCUCUGUCCGCGCGUACAUGCGCCAACGCGCCAACGCCCGCGUCUACCCGGGCGCACCGGCGCCUGCCGACGAGACCACUCCGUGCGACAUCGGCUCGCGCUGGCACCGCUCGGUCUUUACCUUCCGUGACGAGCAGAAGAGGCUUGAUGUGACCACCGGCGACGCACCCGGCCGCUUCUCGCUCUACAUCGACGGCGCGCUUCGCGCCGAGCUCACCGAGUGGUUCGGAGAGGCGCACCCGGGCUCGUUCCCGGCCUCGACGUCGUACAUGGUCCGCUGCAUCAACGAGGGUGUCGGCGAGCGUGUCCGCCUCGAAACGUGGGGCACCACCUGGUCCCGCUGCUCGUCCAACUCGGCCUUUACCAACCCGCUCGCCCUCGACAACCCCGCCAUCGAGUUUGGCAACAACGGCGCCCGCCUCCCGGCCGCCGCGCUCCAGACCGUCACCUCUGCCGAGGUCGACAUGUCGCCAGUUGUCACCCCGCGGCCGGGCAUCUUUGUCGUCACCCACCGCACUCCCGGCUGCACCGUCGGCGAGGACGCGGACGGCAACACGUUUAUGCGCCGUGACGGCGUCUUUUACCGCCACGACAAGCGCGCCAAGUUUGUGACCAACACCAUCGAGCAGCCGUCGUCGGUCUUUUCCGGCGCCACCGAGUGCCCGCUCGCGCCCAUCAACUACCAGAACGCUCCGGGGUGCGUCAUCCGCCCCGAGUGCGGCACAGGCCUCCCGGUCUUUGACGCUGUCAACUUUUUCCUCAACACCACUAUGAUCCGCACGUGGUACCUCGACGAGUCGGCCAACCGCCGCAUCGUGUACUCGAUGCGCAACCUCCGCCUCGAGGGCGCGUACGCCGUCUCGCCCUGCGCCGGCUCGCGCUCGCGCUGGGUCAACGUCGGCACCGCCGGCUCGUGCGGCGAGACGCCCGGCAUCGGCGCCACCACCAAGGCCACCAUCGUCAACGCGCUCACCACCACCGGCGACAAGGCCAACCCGCUCCUCCGCGACAUUGUUCUCGUUCCGGGCGCCUCGUGCGACUCGUCCGACACCGCCACCAUCGGCGCCCGCGUCGCGGCGGACGGCUUUUGCUGGCAGCAUGUCCACCCCGACGAGUACUCGGUCCGCGACGCCACCCACUGGAAUGGCGUCCACCCGGGCAACAGCGCCGCCGCCAUGGCUGGCAAUCCCAACCCGAUUGAGCGCUACGCCCGCGACGGCGGCGCCGAGAUUUUCUACCCGGCCUCGCAUCCGAUGUCGCGGUGGGAGGCCCACGCCGUCGACCUGCCGGUUGUCGGCCGCUUUGGCGACUCGAUCCAGUUUGCCGCCCUCUCGCCACAGCUCCAAACCAUCGCCCUCGCCCUCCGCGUCGGCGCUAUCUCGGCCGCCCCGCUCGGUGGCGCUCUCGCCUGCGGCUCGUACGAUGAAGUCGCCAACAACCCGCUCCUCGGCGAGCACUACAUGUACUACGCCUUUAACGACAACCCCGAACGCCGCUUUGCCGAGCGCUCGCUCGACGCGCCCAUGAUCAUGGAGACCACGACCGAGAACGUGCUCAACAACGUCAUGCACAAGGCUGAGGACCAGCUCCGCCAGCGCGUCGCCUUUACUCUCUCCAACAUCCUCGUUAUCUCCACCGCCACCCUGCCCGGCCACCGCGAGAGGCCCGAGGGCUUCCUCCACUACUACGAUGCCUUUACGCGCAACGCCUUUGGCUCGUUCUUUGACAUUCUCAAGGAAGUCUCGUUCAACCGCUUCAUGGGCGACUAUCUGACGUACACCGGCUCGCGCUCGUACGCCACUCGCCAGUCGUUCCCCGACGAGAACUACGCCCGUGAGAUCAUGCAGCUCUUCUCCAUUGGCCUCAUCGAGCUCAAUGACGACGGGACCCAGGUGCUCAACGACGCCGGCCUCCCAGUCCCGACCUACACCCAGGAGGACAUUGUUGACUACGCCCGCAUCUGGACCGGCUUUGAGGGCUACAACUUCCGCCGCAACGUCAUCGACCUGCCGUCCGGCCGCACCGGUGUCGAUCCCAUGCGCAUCAACGCCGUCUACCACGACCGCAUGCCCAAGCUCGAGCUCGGCGCAAACGGCGGCUACCUCGGCGACACCUACCCGCUCUGCGACGAGCUCCCGGCUCGGCCGUGGCUCAUGCAGGGCGCCCGCUACGAUUACAUCGGCGCUUCCUCGGGCGUCUCCAACUAUGACUCCAACGAGUUCCGCAUUGCGCAGUUCACGCCCAAGUCGGACGGCUCGUCCGGCAUCUUUGAGGCUCUUUGCGGCCGCGCCGCUCCGGGCCUGCCCUGUACCUUCCCGGCCAUGGUCGCGCUGCCUGCCUCGGUUCCGUGCUCAGGCGUCGAGUGCGACGCUGGUUCGGUCAACACCGUCAAGAUUAUUGACCCCAUCGGCAACGUCACCAACUACUACCGCCACUUUGGCGUCCCGUGCGUUCGCCUCUCGCUCUUUAACGACGGCAAGUCGCUCUCGUUCAACAACCGCCGCGUGUGCGCCGACCCCGCGUCGCCGGCCGCCAUGCCGACUUGCUGCGACGCGUCGGACACCACCGACCCUAUCCGCAACAUCCCGGGCCUCUGCAACUACAUUGCCGAGUACACUGACUACGCCACUACCGAGGCUCGCUGCGCCGCCGCCGGCUACGGCCUCUGCGACCCGCGCUCCGACAACGGCUGGUACACUUGGACCUGCCACCACUACUCACCACAGUGGUCGCACGAGCCGUGCUCCGUCUCGGUCCAGGUCUACGAGUCGGGCCGCGUCGGCCUGGUCGACCCCAUCGUGCCUUCGAACGAGCGCGUGCUGCAGAAGAACUCGAACAACGUCUUCCGCGUUCGCUGGAAUUCUGACGUGCCUGUCGCCGCCGCCGACGGCUCGUGCCCGGCUGGCUGCGCGCCCGAGACCACGGCCGAGGGCGUCUCAUGCAUCUGCGCCACCCGCGUGGUCGAGACCCAGGUUUUUGCCUCGACAGCCGAGCUUGUCAACGCCACGCUCGCCGAGCUCACGUCCAAGGUCUUCCUCGGCUCUGCGGCACCGACCCUCUACCCGACCGGCGAGUACGUCGAGUGCGUGAGCGCCGAGUGCGCGGCCGCAGCUGCCUCGUCGGGCGUCCGCGUUUGGACGGCGGCUGCUGACGCUGGCGCCCUCUCGAUGCAGACCAUCUUUGCGCUGCCGCCGCGCCGCGCCGGCGGGCGCCCGCGCUACGUCCGCAACCGCCUCUCAACCGUCUUCCUCGGCGACGGCGACGCAUACUCGUUCCGCAACCCACCGACGUUUAUGCGCUUUGUCGGCUUUGGCGACAUCACCUCGCGGACGUGGACCUCGCAGUACAUGUACGCCAAAAACGCGUACGACGACGUCGACGCCCUCCUCGAGUCACUCGCCGAGCACGACUCGACCGGACCGUUCAUCUGCUGGCGGCUCAUCCAGCACAUGGUGACAUCGAACCCGUCGCCGCGGUACAUGCGCUCGGUUGUCCACGCCUUCCGCACCGGCACCGUCGUUGCCGACGACGGCUCGGUCCGCACCUUUACUGGCAAGUAUGGCGACCUCGGCGCCGCCGUCUUUGCCAUUCUCACCGACCGCGAGGCCCGCGCGCCGGUCCUCAUGACAGACCCCUCGUUUGGCAUGGUCAACGACCCGUUUGUCUCGAUCCACAAGGUCCUCCGCGCUCUCGAGUACGAGACAACCCGGACGCGCGAGCUGCAGAUCAUCACCGCAUCGGUCAUCGAGGUCGGCCCGCUCCAGUCACCCACGAACCAGCCGGCCGGCGACCUUCUCUCGCACGGCCUCUACGCGCCGGCCGCACAGCUGGCCACGCCGCCGAUCAUGAUUGCGCUCCUCAACGGCCUGCACUCGCUCGUCGACAAUGGGCUCACCAACUGCUACGAUGGCUUUGGCACCUACCUCCGCACCUACUCGUGCAACUCGGAUCCGUUUGCACAGGCCGACGGCCGGCUCAUGUACUUUGAGAACGCCGCCGCCCGCCUCGCGUCGGUCAGCACUGCUGACAUUAUCGACGAACUUGGCCUGGUCCUCACCGGUGGCCGCCUCAUGCGCGGCAUGAAGACCGCCAACAUUGUCGCCGCCGAGUUUGACCGCAUCGAGGCCGCCAGCGACCGCGACACAGCCUUACGCCACGCAGUCAAGACCAUCCUCUCCUCGCCCGAGUUCCACACCUCGUCGGUCGACGAUGAGGCCGACGAGCCGCGCAUCGAGACCGAGGACCAGCCUUCGCAGGGUCGCCCGUUCAAGGCCAUCGUGUACGUCUUCCUCGACGGAGGCAUGGACUCGUUCGCCGCCCUCGAGCCGCACACCUGCAACGCGGGCGUGCGCGCCGAGUACGAAACCGUCCGCGGCGACGCCUCGCUCCCGCUCGGCGACCUCCUCCCCAUCUCCAACAACGGCGGCGACCCGCAGCCUUGCACCCAGUUUGGCAUGCACCGCUCGCUCUCGGAGCUGCAGCGGAUCUACAACAACGGCGACGGGCUCUGGUUCGCCAACAUCGGCGCCCUCGUCGAGCCGACAACUAUGGAGCAGUACUCCAAGAAGCAGGUCAAGCUCCCGGUCUCGCUCUUUGCCCACAACCAGAUGCAGCUCCACGGGCGGACCAUGGACGCCGACUCGGUCUCGGCGUCGGGCCUCCUCGGCCGCGUCGGCGAGGUCCUCACCUCGGCCGCCGGUGCCGCCUACAAGGUCGUCAUGCAGUCGGUCCGCGGCUCGACCCGUGCGCUCUCGGGUACCUCGGUCCGGUACGACAUUGUCGGCACCGGCUCGUCCAUCGAGCGGCUCAACGAGCGGAACGAGCUUGGCGACGCUAUCAAGACGAUGCUCUCCAAGCGCUCGCGCUCGCCCUUUACCGACCUCUUUGGCGAUGAGCUCGACUCGGCCGUCAACUCAACCGAGCGGCUCAACGCGCAGAUCAACGCGGUCUCGCUCCUCAACCCGGCGUGGAGCGACUCGUCGUCGUCGAACAACCGCCGCAUCAAGCGCGUGGCCGAGCUCAUUGUCGCCGCCCGCGACGACGGCGCCGAGCGUGGCAUCUACUGGGCCACUGUCGGCGGUUUUGACACCCACAACUCGUUCGACCUCGACUCGCUCUACGACGGCUUUGACAAGCCGCUCGGCCGCUUCGAGAACGAGAUGAAGCUUCAGGGCUUGUGGGACGACGUCACCGUCGUCGUCGCCUCGGAGUUUGCCCGAACCCUCAAGAACAACGGUCAGGGUACCGACCACGCCUGGGGCGGCAACGCCAUGAUCCUCGGCGGCAAGGUCCGCGGCCAGCGCAUCCUCGGCACCUACCUCGACCAGUUCACCGAUGACGGCCCCUCGGUCAUCGACAAGGGCCGCGUCCUCCCCACCACCCCGUGGGAGUCGCUCUGGAACGGCAUUGCUCAGUGGUUCGGUGUCCCAGAGUCGGAGAUGGACUACAUUCUCCCCAACGCCGCCAACUUUGCCGGCCAGCUCCACACCCAGAACGACCUUUACGACCCGUAG